CAAAAAUUUAAGACCAGCAUCAAACCGGAUUCAUUUGCCAUUACCUGAGAUUCGAUACAUAUAAGCCGUUGUCCUAAGGCAGAGGGAUAUAUUGGUUCCAACUCUUUCAUAUCAAACCGCCCCUGCGGCUUCACAAAACACACUCAUCAAAAUGCCUAUCAACCAACCAUCAAAUCAGAUCAAAUUCACAAAUGUAUCAGUCGUCCGACUAAAGAAGGGCAAAAAGCGCUUCGAACUCGCCUGCUACAAGAACAAACUCCUCGAAUACCGCUCCGGAGCCGAAAAAGACCUCGACAAUGUCCUCCAAGUCCCCACAAUCUUCCUCUCCGUCUCCAAGGCUCAAACCGCCCCCUCAGCCGAACUAACCAAAGCCUUCGGCGCAAACAUCCCCGCCGAUGAAAUCCGACAAGAGAUCCUGCGCAAGGGCGAAGUGCAGGUUGGCGAACGCGAGCGCAAGGAAAUAUCAGAGCGUGUCGAGAAGGAACUGCUGGAUAUCGUAUCGGGGCGGUUAGUCGAUCCGACCACGAAGCGUGUCUACACGCCCGGCAUGAUUUCCAAGGCGCUGGAUCAGCUCAGUUCGGCGAGUGGACAGAUGCAGCAGACGCAGGGCGAGGGGAGUGGAGCGACAGAUGAGAAGGGUGCUGCGCAGCCGCGAAAGCCUAUGUGGACGGGCGUGGCACCGAAUAAGUCCGCGAAGAGUCAGGCUCUGGAUGCCAUGAAGGCGCUUAUUGCGUGGCAGCCUAUUCCUGUCAUGCGGGCUCGCAUGCGUCUCCGUGUUACUUGUCCAGUCUCGAUUCUCAAACAUUCAGUCAAGGCCCCGUCGGGAGGGGGAGCAAGUAAAGAAAAGGAGGCACCGUCCGGUAACUCCAAAUCCAACAAGGGCAAAAAGGGCCCGAAAUCGAGAGCCGCCCGACAGCAAGAUUCCGACGCCGAAGAUGGCAAAUCUGAUGCAGAGGCUGCCCCCAAGACACCGAGUAACGUCAAGGACAAGAUUCUGGGCUACAUCGAGUCGAUCGAGUCACAGGAAGUCAUCGGUGGCGAUGAAUGGGAGGUGGUUGGAUUCGCCGAGCCCGGCGCAUACAAGGGACUGAACGAGUUCGUGGGUAACGAGACACGAGGACGGGGACGAGUUGAAGUGUUGGAUAUGACUGUGACGCAUGAAGAGUAAAUGUUUUUUGUGUUUAUAACGAGAUGCUAUGAUUGGGUAUGAAAAGUUCAAUAGAUUAUGAUUUUGUACGUACUGCACAUAUUGCCAACUUAUGCGAGUACACCGUCUGUAUUGCCUACCUAUGUUGUACAUGUUAGAAUAAUACCUAGAGGUACUGCAUAAAUAAACUCAACAAAAUCACUACCAACCUUCUACAAACCCUCACACAUUGAGAUGAUCAAUAUGGAAGAUGGGUGACACAAAAUAUAUUCACGAUCCCAACAACUACAACAGAGUUUACAAAACACAAGCCCAUUAUCCAACAAUUAAUAAAAAACCAUGGCCUAUCAUCCCCAGACAAAAGAAC